GGUGGAGAGGAUUUCGAGGAGGUUGGUGGUGGGGACCAACAAUGCAGGAGACUCGAUAAGACUGGUCCAGACGCAACCUUAAAUCCACCUCAGCUCAAAAAUACCUACGGUAGCUCACUCAGACCUCACCACCACGAACACCAAAAAUGCAAUCCUCCUCGCCCUCCUCCUCACGUGCACCCUCAAUCUCCAUUACCACGCCAAUAACAUCAUACCCACCGUUCCCCUUCCCCAAUCCCAGCACGCCCAUCUCCUCAUCCUCGAGCCCACAACACAGUCUCGACAUCCCGCGCAACAGCAGCGCGCCGAAGCGGACACGGCACGCACUCCGGCAGUUCUACAACCUCUCGGCGACGACCGGGGAGCCACUGCCAUCGCUCGACCGCGACGACUUCUCAGCGGAUAGCUACAUCACCAAUAUCCUGUCAGAGAAAUCGCUGCGUGACCUGCUGACCCUCGAGAACACGCUGAUCAAUGACAUCCGCGGGCUGGAUGGCGAGCGCAAGGCGCUCGUGUAUGAUAACUACUCGAAACUGAUCGCCGCGACCGAUACGAUCAGGAGGAUGAGGGCUAGUAUGGAGCCGUUGACUCCCACGACGAGUACGCUGGAGCCGGCGGUGAGCCAUAUCGAGGGUGUGAGUCGCGGGUUAGUGGAGGGGAUGAGGGCGGCUAGUCCGAGGCCAUCGACGGCAAGGGGGAAAAUGAAGGGGGUGGAAACGGCGAAGUGGGCGCUUGCGGCACCGGAGAGGAUUCGGGGCUUGGUGGAGGAGGGAAGGGGGGAUGAGGCGAAGAAGGUGCUGGCGCGGUUGAGGGAAUUGUGUGACAAAUGGGAGGGUACGGCAGGAGUGGAUGUGUUGAGAAAGAAGGGCGAGGACGCCUUUGGGAAAGCGGAGGAGCAGGAAGAGGACAUUUCGUAGGGCAUUCACUGGCAUCUUUAUUCGUCGGACAACAUUUUGGAAUUCAAGCGUCGCUUGCUUGUGCAAGCUUUGUUCAUCAUCUUACUGCUGCUUUGCACCAUUCAAAAGCAGUCUUAUCAUAAUUACAUGUACAUGCCCAGCCCGUGCAACCAUCGUGUGUGGAUAUAGGAAAUGGUAU